UUUCGCGCAUUUCGCAUGCUACGUGAUUCUAAUUCCAAUUAACAAAAAAAUAAGCAAUACUUAAAGCUAAAAAAAAAUAAUUGUAAGAAAAGCUAAGUGUUUGAACGAACUUUUCUACAAAUUUGUGCUGUGCGUCUAUAUGUUAUAACAGCAAUACACUAUAGAAUCAUACAACAAAAAUGCUUUCAAUAAUACUUAGACAGCCACAGCUACACUCUAAUGUGGCUACCACUGUUAACGCCUGUGGUAUUAACCUAAACAAUAAAACUCUUCCCCUUCGGCAAAUAUCACAUCAUCUGGGUAUAUUCGAAUCUAAUAAUUAUAAUACUGGGGAUUUGAUUAAGAGUACUCGGAAAGAACAUCAAACUCAACUGGGCAUAUCAAAACGUACUUUAUCAAUAUUGGAAAAUCCUUCUACGCCUUUAAAGAUGUCAAAAGAUGAAAGAAGUGAAUUUAUGGCCAUUUACCCAGAUGUUUUGCAAGACCUGACCCUGAUAGCUGAUAAAUUCAAAAGUAGAUACGCUGCAGAUGGGCUAAUAACGGCUGUAGAUUAUAAUAUGUCGCCAACGAAUGGGAAAUGUGGCCUUAUCUCUGUUUUAACAUACAAAAGCUUAGUCAAAGGCCAUAAACUGAACGCAGAAAAAUUAAGACUGGCGAAUUUGCUUGGCUGGUGUGUUGAACUGCAACAUUGUGCUUUACUAAUCGCUGAUGAUAUGGUAGACAAUGGCAUUGCACGUCGUGGCAAGUUGUGUUGGCAUAAAUUAGAAGAAGUUGGCCUAAAUGCCAUUAAUGACGCGCUAAUGAUCGAAAACUGCAUAUUCGUAUUACUCAAAAAGCAUUUCCGUUACUUGGAUUGUUAUGUCGAUUUGAUUGAAUUAUUUCAUGAAAAUACAUUUAAAUGCAUAUCUGGACAAUCAUUGGAUAUGCUGCUUAGUAAAAAGAGUGUCGACACUUUCAAUAUGGACAUUUACAACACGGUUGUGAUGAAUAAAACUUCAAACCACUUCUUCUACUUGCCCAUAAUGUUGGGUUUACAUUUAGCGGGCGUAAAAGAUAAGAAAAUCUUCGAUGCAUGCGAAGCUAUCACAAUUGAACUGGGCCAGUUCUUUCAAAUACAAAAUGAUUUUCUCGAUUGUUUUGGUAAUCCUGAUGUUACUGGCAAAAUUGGCACAGAUAUACAAGCGAAUAAGUGUUCCUGGUUGGCGGUACGGUGUAUGGAGCGAGCAAGUCCUGAACAGAGAGCUAUCAUGGAACAGUGCUACGGUCAAUAUGAUCCCCAGAAAAUUGCGAGUGUUAAGGAAGUCUAUGCAGAGUUAAACCUACCAAAAAUCUAUGCCAAAUACGAGGAAGAAACAUAUAAUAGGAUUAAUACACUUAUUCGCCAAGAAUCGGACGCUUUACCGCGUGAAGCUUUAUUAGAAAUACUGAAUACUAUUUCUGAAAGAAAUAUCAAAUAAAAAGGAAAUAA